AUGAUAACCCACUGGUUGGCAGUCCAAAGCGUCCAUGCAUGCCUUGAUUUGGGAAUGGAUCCAGAGGGUGGAUCGUUCCCUCAUUGUACUCAAGAGGAAGGCCUCAAAAUCCAGGAACACCUCAUUGUGCCUUUCCCUGUACCUGGCUGGCUGAUGAGGAAUAAUGGAACUGAAGUCAGAGUUGCGACAUCUAAAAUUAACUCAGCCAGUACACACUGUAGGACACAGCGAAAACCGACACACUUAGAAAUCACAGAGACUGUUCCGACUGAUGAGCCCAAAGAGGUUAGAACGGUACCGAACUCUAUUUGGGAGCAGGCAGUGCGAAGUGCCGGAAGGGCCCGUCACGCUCGGCAGGCCUUGCGGUCUUCCGGGGAACUACACUGGAAACCUCUCUGGAUGGUGGUUCCUCUUUGGAUCAGUUGUCUUGUAAACAGGUGUGCUUCGGGUCAUUAG